AUGUUCGGAGAACACGCGCCACGGUGGAUUCACUUUCCCUCCGAUGGGAAGCUCAAGUCUCAGAGCCUCUUCGAGAAUUGGAACUCGGCUGUAACCUUUCUAGACGCCGGCAAACUUGCACCCCGGAAGUGGUUCGAGGAUUCCGGGUAG